GCUCCUAUCCGUGCAGCACUAGAAGAUUUUGAGUGGGUCUUUGUUCAAGGCACCGUCCGCCACACUGAAGGAAACUGGUCUCUACACACAUCCGACUUUUCCAAGCUCCCUUUAUACACAUACUACAACCCAUUCGACCCUGAAUCCAUCAUACAAACUCAUGAAGAGCUCCUCCACAUCAUAAGGAGCCACGGUCCCUUCGAUGGUGUUUUCGCCUACUCUGGCGGAGCAGCACUAGCGGCCGAGCUUCUUGUUGAAGCUGCUCGUUCUGAGACAGCUAUCGAGCCUCUAUUCCGCUUCGCCGUCUUCGUGAACGGCGCAUCGCCGCUACGCGUCUUCGAAGUCGACGAUGUCGACACGGUGAGCGGCCAUGUUGACGUCUCGCAAACAUUUCAACAAGCAAAAGAAAUGUUUCUCCGACCUAGCGCGCUGCGACACAAGCCUGGUGUCAGUGAAGAGGAUCAGGUGGAUCACAAGAAGUUGCUCGGACUCUUGAGCAGAUUAGAAGGGAAAAUGAUGGCAGAUGGGACAGCCUUUUUGAGCGAUGGCACGUAUGGGCUAUGUCGG